AUAACUAUCUAUUAACAGACAUACGAAAACAAUGGCUACUUAUGGAAAGAUAUGACAUAUAUUCUAAAAUAUGAUGAGAUGGUCUGUUCAAUGUGGAGAUUGUUUCUACAUCUGCAUGUUGAUAACAUGUUUUCUGCCAAUUGUGUGUUCCACUCUAGAUGACAUUGGUCUGCCAAAAUCAGUUUCAACUAAAUCCCUACAAGCACUUCACUUCAAUUUAGGUAGUGAUAGAAGCGAAAUCUCACCGCCUGAUGUAUUGUUUAAUAAAAUAGAAUUUACCACUCCAGGAGCUGAAUUUGAGUUGAAUAAUUUUCACCAUGGUCGAUUAAGAAGAGAAACGUCUGGUGUUCUUAAGGCUGGCGAUAUUCAAGCAAGCCGCGUAAAAACUAACAGUUUAUCAGCAAAGCUUGUAAAAGCAGAUAGAGUGAGAGCACGAAAUGUGAAGGCCUCCAUCGUAACAGUUGGCAAAACAUCAACAUGGCAAAAAUUAGAUAAUACAAGAAUGUCAGGCAAUUUUGUUUCAAAGCGGUAUGUAAAAGACUCAGAAGAGGCAAAAACUGUAAGAUCUGGAAGAAAUUUUCGUAAUAGGGCAAGCUUAUACAGAUCUAAAUCAAGAACCCCAAGGGAAAAAACAUUCUUUAUUCGGAGGAAAAUUUUCAAAAUAAAACCGCCUUCCAUGACAAGACACACUUUCAAGCCACCUGUGGUACAAAGACUUAGACAAAGUAAUACUAUUGUAAGGAAAAAUGAGAGAUCGAAUAAUGUAAAUUCAAAGAAUCGUAUGUUAAAAUCUGAUAAUUUGUUAAAAAAUACAAAAUCGAAACUGCAUCAAGGAUUUUUACGGUCAAGGAUGAAUACUGAGCCACAAAUCUCUGAUAGAAAACGAAGUGAGCUACGAGCCUCUGAUACAUCACGGAAAGAGACAACACUAUUGAAUUCAACACGGACACAAGGUAAAGAAAUGUCAAAAGUACAAAAGAGAAACAUUUUGUUGGAAACCUGGAUGAGUAAUCUUUCGAUGUUUAAAAGAAACCAAGCUUUACAAAAUUUAAAAAUGAACAGAAAAAGUAGAUACAUCCGUAAAUCUUCAGAAACUCCUGUUCAAAACACUAACAUACUGCAAAAGAAAUUGUUGAAGGCAAAUACGAAAGAAAUUAAUGUUAGACGAAAACAAACUGAAGAAGACUAUUCUGACGACUUUUACACCGAGAGUGACGAAUAUGAAAGCGAGAUAAUACCCAAAGGAGACGAUGAUAAUGGCGUUUUAUAUCAACGUCGUUUAAAAGAAAAACUUCCAUCAAGGUCUGAAGAUUCAGUUCGUUCUAUACGGGUUCAUGACCAAACCGGAUGGAAUCAAAAAGAAUCUUUCUAUAGCAAUUCUGAUAGUUACGAUAGUUUGGAUUAUCAAGAUGAUGUGCAAGUUCCUUUAAAAGACUCUGGAUUACAAAAAACAUCUGAUUCUUUUUUCGACACAAGUGAAAGUGAAAAUGGUAUUGAAGCUUUGAAUCAGAAACCUGUACGAAAAAGAUUAUAUAACGCUUAUGACAAAAAUGACGUAGCUACAAACCACAAGGAUUAUGAUAAAAUUCGAGAUUACAUAAGUAGCGAUAAUUCAUUUUUUUAUGAAAGCGAACCCUUUUUGUCAAGUUCAGAUGAUGAUUGGUCGGUAUAUGAUUCCAGUAGCUACGAGGAAAAACAAUCUCAAAAACCUGUACACACUGAAAAAUUUAAAGACACUAUUAGCUCUGAGAAAAAUUUACCCCCAAAAUAUCUACAUACUGAUAAAUCCUACGAUGAAGUUAUUAAAGAUUAUUACUAUAUAGACAGUAAUGAAAAUCCGAUUGAUAGUGAUAACAGUUAUAACAACGAAGAAGAGUAUGUUCCUCUCAUCUUUGAAAAGAUGAAAAUCGUUCACACUGACAAUGCUAUUAUCAAUUCACAAGAACAUGAUUCUAACGAUUUCUAUACAGAGAGUGAGGAAAACGAGAAAACAUCUAGAGAAGACGAGGAUAGUGACGCAUCGUUUAAAAAAGAACAUGUUUCAGCAGAAAGUAGUGAGUUUGUCAUUGAAUCGUUCGAAAAUUGGUUCAGUGAUAGUGAAAAAAUAUAGACAAAUACGAAAGAGGAAAAAUUACGAUUAAUAGAUUGAAACCCAUCUGGUUUGACAGAAAUUACAUAAUAUAUUUAUAGUAAAAGCA